AUGCUCCAUCAAGUCGGAGCAGUUCUUGCGCAGCUUCUUCCCAAUGCAGCCGGUGCAGAGUUACGGUGGACCGGGUGUACCUGCAUGGGCUUCAGCUUGGAGCUCCUGGGCAGGCUGGGGCUAUGGCGGCGGCAAGGAGGGGGCGACGUCAAAGGCAAAUCAGGGCCGGAGAAGGGCGGCGCCUUCGGCGGUUCCGGCGCCUCCGGCUUUGAGGGCGAGGACCAGGGCUACGAGAAGGGCAAGCCUGCCAAGGGCUUCAAGGGCAAGGGCAAAGGCAAGAGCAAGGAGGGCAAGAGUGAGGUUCCAAUCAGCGAGGUCUAUCAGCCGCCUGAGAGCAGCAAGGCCAUGGGUCUCAGUUCCCAUCGAGCCGAGGACUCCGAAGACGAGAGCCUGGGGUACCAAUACGACUUCCGGAAGUACAGUCGCCAGCAGAUCAUUGAGGUUUGCAGCAAAAUGGAGCUGGUGGAGAAGCCUGAGAGCUACAAGCAGAUAGAGGAGAAACAUCCUGACAUCGCGUUGUUCAGCCAAGUGCCGAACAAGGACUGGGCGCCGCUGCCCACGCCGCUGGGCAGCUUCAUGGGCUCGGAGAGCCGCAGGACGGAUGAGAGCAGCGACGCUGAUGGCAGAGAGGAGGGCCGCCGCAAGGAACGGACGUGGGCCUCGAAUCGCUCCUCCAGUGCGGAUUUGGAGGGAGCGCGCGACUGGGAGUGGGAGAACUGGCAAGAUCCCAGCAGUGGGUGGUCGGACAGCCGACGCCGGGAGGAGUGGUAUGGCCGCGGCCGGAUGCAAUGGGUGGCCAAGCCGAAGCCAGGCGAAGAGAAGCCGGAGGCGCCGGAUGCUCCGGAGGCCGAGGCCAAGCGCCCGAGCUGGGCGGAGAAGGUGCGCGGCGGCCCUCCGAAGUCCCAAGCUCGCGCAGAAAGGUGGCAAGCAAAGCCCAAAGCUGCAGCAUCAGAGGCACAGCCACCAGAGAAGUCAACGGAGACGCCGACAGAGCCGACAGAGCCGAAAGAGAAGCCGAAAGAGAACCCGGACACACCACAGGUGCUUACUUGGGCCGAGAAG